AGUAUGGCAAAACGCAGUCCUCGUGCUGAACAUGUUCAAGCUAUCCUUACACACACGUGCAUAUUUUUCUUGAUGGGAUGAUGGUCGCACAGUGGCAUAGCGAUCGAAUAAAUGCCUUUCGUUUAGCAUAGCCAGGCUGGACAUAGCGAAUCGCGGCAUUCCAGCUUGCUGUGGGCGUUCGGACAGAAAAUUGUUUCGACAGCCGAAAGGGAACGGGAAACCUGGCGCAGGCUUGCUCCCAAUCCACUCUUGCGGCCUUCGCAGGCAUAGCCCCCAACCCGCCGACAUACCGUCUGCAGUCUCCUUGGCCUGAUGGAUAGCCUGAACGCAAGUAUCCCUUUCAUCUCGUCGUUCUUGUCAUCUGCCAACGACGAAAGGCGGCUUCUGCGAUCGCCCAGGUGCAAAGGGACGAGCUGAAUCAUGAGCAUGUGCAGCUGGUCCAAAACAGACGAAACACUUUUCCUCUAGCGCAACAGAUGGACCAACUGCUCGGCAAUCUUACACGAGCUUGUGCAUAGGGCUGGCUGCUGGCCCUGCGCAAUAAUGCCCGUCAAAAGACUGGAGUGAAGGACUGCAUCUCCACAAUGCUUCACCCCCGCGUGUCGACGCAUGUGCAAGGCAGUGAACACGCUACCUGACUACUUGCAACCUGACCGCACCAGCAGCAACGUCUACAGCGAUCGCUCGGAACGGAACGAGGGGGAAGUCCAGGACUGAACGAGCAUACAUCGUACAGUGCGGCUCCGUCGCAAGGAUACCCAGCAUCUCAUCACGUCAGUUUCAACCGGUAAUCCAAGACCGAAAAUGCGUUGGUGGUUGUCGGAGACGUGUCUUCGUGAUUGUUCUCGAUAUCUCAUUCCAUCUAUUGUAACGUACUUGUGUGGACCGGAAAAAAAUGCCUCGGAUCGAUUUGACCGACGCUUUCAUAUGCAGUGCCAGACCUGUCCGCUCAACAUUGGCUGCGCAACGGUACGCUAUCUAGCUAUCCGCAUUUUCUGCUUGGACUAUUGUAUGCUGGUGACGGCAUAUUCCUCCAUCAUCAAAUGUCCCAGGGAUCUCGCCGACCCUCUACAAAGUUCGUAGGGCUGACGCUAGUCCCCAAACGGUAAAUAUCCCUGUAAAAAAAAAGUUGAUGCUCACCGCAUCAGAGAAAUUCUCGAUGCUACAGCACCCGUACCGGACCGUGCAUCAAAUCUUACGUCCCUGGCCCGUCAUGUCAACGUCAGAGAGUGGUGACUAUGAAGAGAGCUCUGUGAGCAGCGUCGAGUCUGGAUCAGAUGCGAGCGUUAGCGAGAUCGAUGACUUUCCCAGCGAGCAGCCAAGGAAGAAGAGACGAAUAACGCCCCCGACUGAGGGUGCUUCGCAGGAGAAUGGUCGAAGUUCCGCCCAAGCGCCUCUAAGCAGAAUCAAAACCAAGAAGAGUGGAACCCAGGCCGUUACCGCAACUUCAAAGGAGCUCGCAAGCGGUUCGACGCAAGCCAAUGAAGCGAUUUCAUUCGCGAGUUUGAACGUAAAGCCAUGGCUUGUGACGUCCUUGGCCAAUAUGGCCAUCACGAAGCCGACGGGGAUUCAGAGAGGCUGUAUACCUGAGAUCCUAAAGGGGAGGGACUGCAUAGGAGGCAGUCGAACGGGCUCCGGUAAAACUGUUGCCUUUGCAGUGCCCAUGCUUCAGAAAUGGGCGGAAGAUCCAUUCGGCAUUUAUGCGGUGGUGCUCACGCCGACGCGAGAGCUGGCGUUACAGAUCUUCGAGCAGUUCAAGGCUCUGUCUGCAGCGCAGUCGUUCAAGCCAAUCCUCGUCACGGGAGGGGCGGACAUGCGCGAGCAAGCUUUGUCUCUUGCCCAGCGCCCACACGUGGUCAUUGCAACGCCAGGACGUCUCGCCGAGCAUAUCAAUGUCUCGGGCGAAGACACCAUCUGCGGUCUGCGCCGCGUGCGCUUCGUCGUCCUCGACGAGGCGGAUCGGCUUCUUGCGUCUGGCCCGGGAUCGAUGCUUCCAGAUGUUGAACAGGUGAUGUCCGUCUUGCCUCCUUCCACGGAGAGACAAACGUUGCUCUUUACGGCAACAGUGACACCAGAGGUCCGCGCGCUGAAAGAAAUGCCACCUAAACCAGGCAAAGGACCACCGUUUGUCUGUGAGGUAGACACAGAGGACCUUGCUGUCCCAACAACCCUUCAGCAGAGGUACCUUCUCGUGCCUGUCACUCAGCGGGAGCCUUUUCUGCAUGUCUUGCUGCUCACCCCGGCCAACGUGGAAAAAUCAGUCAUCAUCUUCUGCAACACAAAAGCGACGGCCACGUUUCUGGAGCACAUGCUACGCCUGCUCGAGCACCGCGUGACGAGCCUGCAUGCCGGUCUGCCGCAGCCGCUGCGAAUCGCGAAUCUGGCGCGCUUCCGGGCUCGCGCCGCCAGGAUCCUCAUCGCGACCGACGUGGCCGCCCGCGGUCUCGACAUCCCGGAGGUGGAGCUCGUGAUAAACUACGAUGUGCCCCGCGACCCGGACGACUACAUUCACCGGGUCGGUCGUACCGCGCGUGCGGGUCGGCGCGGCGAAAGCUUGACGUUUGUCGGGCAGAGGGACGUUCAGCUUGUGAAAGGCAUCGAAGAACGAGUCGGCAGUAAAAUGGUGGCAUAUGAGGAGGAAGGUGUCAAUCUCGAGACGAGGGUUGUGAGAGACGCGCUGAAAAUCGUGGGAGAGAAGAAGCGGGAGGCUUUCGUGCAGAUUGACGAAGGGAGGACGGUCACAGGCAAGCGGAGGAAGGGCAUGGUGAAGCUGAACAAGAGAUAGCGAUAGAUGUUUUGAUCGUAGAAGAAACGAGCUUGUUGUUUAA